AUGACUGAUGCCCAUUCACCCGACUUAGCCUACCAACUAGCGCAAGCACUGGCUAAAAUUGCCCUGCUUGAGCAACAAAGCGAAGAGAUACGUCAGCAAGUGCGUCAACAAGAGCGACAACGAUACGAACAACAACUGCGUCAGCUCCAAAUCCAAAUUGCCCAACUCAUCGAAAAACAAAAGCUGCUGAUUCAUCACUUAUUUGGGCAAAAGAGUGAAGGCUUAACCCCAAAGCAAGCACGUCUCAACCAAGAAACUGCCCUAGAAGACCUAUCUGCCCUAGAACAAACCCAAAACAACAUUCAACAUGACCUAAGCCAAGGCCAAUCUACCCAAUUACAGACUGAUGAAACCCCUGACGCUAAAACGUUAGCCACGCAGAGCCAAGCAGAGAACGAUAGCAAUCAAACUGAUACGCCUAAAGCUAAAAUCAAACGCGGGCGGCGGAUAGUUAUCCCUGACAACCUAGAAGUCAGAACUGUCAUUCACAAGCCUAAAUCAAUCACUUGCGAUUGUGGCUGUCAAAUGCAGCAAAUUGGGGAAGACAUACAGGACAAACUAGGCUUUAUUCCCAAACAGUUUUACCGUGAACGCCAUAUUUAUCCCAAAUACACCUGCAAGGAUUGCCAAUCCCACAAUCAAACUCUGGUACAAGCAUCGACGCCCGCUCAAAUCAUUGAUAAAAGCAUCGCCACCCCUGAGUUACUGGCGCAUAUCUUGAUUAGCAAGUAUGCUGACCAUCAGCCACUAUAUCGACAAAACCUUAUCUAUCAGCGAAGUGGGGUUUAUCUAUCGGAUUCCACCAUGGCAGAUUGGGUGGGACGCUGUGGUGUAGCACUUGAGCCAUUAGUCAUGCGUUUACAUGACAUCCUGUUAUCACAGCCAAUUCUACAUGCGGAUGAAACCCCUGUGACGAUUAUGAAGGUGAAUGGUAAAUCACCCAAGCAAGGCUAUGUGUGGGCGUAUGUAACGCCACAGCACAGUAAACUUAAAGCAGUGGUUUAUGACUUUGCCGAAAGCAGACGAAAUGAGCAUCCCAAAGCCUUUUUAUCUAAGUGGCAGGGUAAGCUCAUUUGCGAUGAUUACAACGGCUAUAAGUUUCUAUUUAGUCCAUCAAGACAGCAAGGUGUGAUUGAAGUCGGUUGUAUGGCGCAUGCACGGCGUAAGUUUCAUGAGCUGCAUGUGACAGGGCAAAGUAUUGUCAGUGAAGAGGCAUUAAACUUCUUUCAACGCUUGUAUGCCAUAGAGCGUGAAAUUGAUGAGCUAUUUGAGAAAAAUGCGCUACCUUCACCCAGAAAUGCUCAAACCGUAUGGCAAAUUAGACAAGCUAAGGCAAAACCCAUUGCUGAUGCUUUACAUCAGUGGCUACUGGAAAACAGGCCGUUAGCUUCUAAGAAUUCAGCGAUUGCUCGCGCGAUUGAUUAUUGUUUGAAACGUUGGAAAGCGCUUAUCCAAUACUUGAAUGAUGGCAGUUUGCCGAUUGAUAAUAACUGGGCUGAGAAUCAGAUGCGUCCGUGGGCUUUAGGUCGAAAAAAUUGGUUGUUCGCUGGUUCUUUGCGAAGUGGUCAGCGCGCAGCGGUGAUUAUGUCGUUAAUUCAGUCAGCUAAGUUAAAUGGGUUGGAUGCGUUUGCUUAUCUGUCUGAUGUGCUUAGACGGCUGCCAACCCAUAAAGAUAAGGAUAUUGAUGAGCUGCUGCCUCAUGUGUGGCAAUCCCCACAAUAG